AUGGGAAUUAUAGGUGUUGGAGUUGGUAUCAAUGCUACAAUAAGCGUAGAAAGUGAUACUAAAUUACGUUUAGGUGGUGCUGCAAUUGUUGGAAUUGUUGGAAUUGUUAUUAACAUAUUUAGUGCUAUUGUAACAGUAUUAGUCAAACGAUAUCACUAUCGAUUUCCUAGUGAAGUUAGUCGACAAUAUACAAUUGGAACAAGUAUUAAACGAGCAUUUACAAUAAAUUUCAGAACUAUUUGUUUUGGUUCAUUUUUCGAAGCUUUAAUCAAAGCUCUACGUUCUUCUACCAAAGAUAAUCGUCGAAAGAGUAUUCUAUCAUGUAUUUUCAAAUGUAUUCUUUGGAUGAUUGAUGAUUUUAUUGGUUAUCUCAACGAAUGGACAUUUAUUUAUGCAGCACUUACGGGUCAAGGAUUUGUUCAAGGUAGUUGA